GAUCUUCGAUCGAUUCUUCAAGACCCACGAUUUUUGUCCGAUUCAGAUCGUUGAAGCCGUUUAACAUCGUAAAAUCGUGUGAUCUUAGGAUUUAGAUCGCGAUUUUAACAACCAUGCGUGGUACUGUUCACCGAACACUGUUCACACACCGAGGGCCAACAAUUAAUAGGGAUUUAAGUGAUUAGUUUGUGAUAUAAGAACGAAUUUGGAGAUAUCUGAUAAUGUGGAGAUUUAUAGAAAUAGCAUCAUGAUUAAGGGUGAUCUUAAUGAUGAUUUCAGUUUAAAUUUGUGAUAGUCCGGUAUUAAUUCUGAGGUAUUUUGAUUAGGUUCUCGAUCGUUCUGUCAGUUUAGUACGUGAAUUGAGUGCUCGGUUUUGCGGAGUGAGGAACCGAAACCGAGGACGGGGAAACCACGGGAAGUGACGAGUUAGAUGGCCAGCCAUUUCGAGAUUGAUAUAGAUUUUAGAAAUAAAUCGUGAUUUUAUAAGCUAGAGUGUAUUUGGAGAUUUAUGAUAUCGGAGAAAUUUUAAAGAUUUGAUCUUUAGAUUUUGGUGUUAUCAAACUGUGAUAUGAUAAGUUCCAAGCUUUGUGCAUUUGUGAGACUUUCUCACAAGUGCACGGCGUCUGUCGCGCCUCUAAUUCGGGUUUUGGGGUGUGACAGUAACUUUGAUUUAAGCACUUAUAUUAAUAUAUCAAAAUAGUUUGUAAUACAAGUUAAAGGAAUAAAAUAGAAAUGAACAA